AUGGAGGCACGGCAGUCUUUUGUGAGCCCUCCUUUAGCAGCGCCCAGUCGACCACGCAGUGCAUCACGGAGAAGUUUCCGGAGGGCCGAGGGCAUGCCCCAAACGACCCAAUCAGUGUCACUUCGUCAGGGACGUUUUCAACCCUCAGCAAAACUGGGUGCACGGGGUAAAGGUCUGCAAGCCAGAGAGAUUUCAGGCUUGUUGCAUGGCGCGCCUAUCGCAGCGCUUGUCAACACGGAAGACUUGAUGCAGAAGACGAUUAUAUACCACAGUCUGCGAGACAUCUGCUCUCUGAAAGCCUCUUCCCGCCAGCUGCGUGAUACCUGUUCGGUUGAUGCGGUCUGGAGAUGUCUUUAUCGCUUGCGAUGGCCACGUGAACAAACAGGGGACGAACUGCUAGUUGCAUCGUGGCGCCAGAAGUUUGUCGAGCGGCUUCGUCGCACGCGCGAAGGUUUCAUGUCUAGGGGCCUUCCUGCUCUAAUGCAGAAGUCACGGCGAAGAGAUGGGCUGCCAGACCUUCGCAAGCUGCACGACUCACUCCGCAUCCGCUAUAGCCUGUGUAUUGCAAGGAAGGCCAAUACAGCACGUUUCGAAUUCAGCGACGCCUCUGUCCAGCCGUUUGAUUCGGCGGUUUGUUUGAGGUGCAGCUUCUCAUCCUUACAAGUCGCCUGCCCUUUCCGACUGGAGUGCAGUGGAAGGUCGUCUUCAACCGGGAGGGAGGAGAUUCUCCUGGCAGCUGCCAUGGACCGAGUGGAUGCCUGGGGAGAUGGAUUCGUUAAGGACGAGAUAAGACUUGUAAGAAGCCCUUGCGGAAGGCUUCUCGUUGCCUUUUGGAGAAGCAGCGGUACGCUUGCGGGUCUGUAUGCGAAUUUGACCUACAGGCAUGUUUUCCAGUCUCUGCUGCCUAAUUGCGAAGCUUGGGAGCGUUUGGCGGGACGUCCUGGGCCCGAUGACCUGGACUCUGCACUGGGGCUGCACGGCUACACUCUGCUGCUGACCCUUCGGGGUGCGAAGGCGGAGUGCUUUUCCAAUGCCUUCUACAAGAUUACAUCUUUCAGGCUCGGCCGUGAGCGAGCAGACAGCUUCGGCAGUGUUGCAGUGUCAAGCUCUCACAGCGUAAUUCAGACACGAGAUCCGGCAAAUCUGCCGGGAGCUGCGCAGGAUGCCGGAAGGGCAAGUUUGUGCCGCGAUCAACGGGUACGAGAGAGGAAGCUCCACGCACAGGUGUGCCAUUUUGAAGUUCUUGCCCCACAUGAUUCUGGGCUUCAGCCGGCGUUCUCCUGCACCCGGCAACCGGGCAUUGCAUUCCAGACAGCCGCCUUCAGGCUUUUCUUGGCUGACCAUGUCUUUGUGGAUGCUACGAUCUUUGACGACCACGGGCGCGUGUUCUGGGCUGUGACUUGCUUCUGCACGAUGACAUCUGCAUGCCCUCACGAGUCGACCAUGCUGGAGGAGAGAAAGGCGCAGGUGGACUUUGAUCGGGAAGGCAAUGGCAGUGAAGUGUGCCAGCAGGUGAGAUGGAUAUCGCUUGCAGAUCGUGGUGCUGCGCAUCUGGUGCUGCAGUUGGAAGGUGCGGCUCAAGCGCCUGAAGCAGAUGAAGGCAGCGGACUUGUUCAGCCUCUUCCACGCCUGAACAGUAUUAGUUGGCAUCCAGAACUGGCCUUUAUGGACGAUUGGUGGGGGUCGUGCUACGCGGCAAAGCGUUCGCCUGACAAUGGCUAA